AUGUCGCGCCAGAAUAAUAUUCGCCCCGUUCGAGUGGCCAACUGCUCUGGUUAUCAUGGUGAUCCUGCAUAUGAGAUGUACCGCCAGGCGACCAUGGGCGAUGUUGACUUCCUCACCGGCGAUUACCUCGCAGAGGUAAAUCUCGCGAACAACGCCAAAGCCUGGAGGGAGGGCGAUCACCCCGGUUAUGAAGAGACAGCCUGGGAAGGGAUCCAACAGACAAUUGAUGUGAUCGCAGAAAAGGGGAUCCGCGUGGUAACCAACGGCGGUGCUCUCGACCCUAAAGCCCUGGCACUGAAAGUUCAGGCUUUGGUGUUAGAGAAAGGGUACGAAUUGACGGUCGCAUACGUCUCCGGAGACGAUCUAUAUCCCGACCUGGGGCCGCAUAUGCCAAUGACAAAGGAGGAAUUGCAGCAUCUGGACUCGGGCAACCCAUCUAUCAAGCCCUCGGAGUUAACGUACGCCUUCCUCGCCGCCCAGAAUGAGAAAAUUCCCAUGAUCUCCGCCCAUGCAUAUCUGGGUGCGCGGGGGAUUGUGGAUGGUCUCCGACGUGGGGCGGACAUCGUCAUCUGCGGCCGGGUGGCGGAUGCAAGCCCUGUCAUCGCUGCCGCGUGGUUCUGGCAUGAUUGGUCUGAGACGGACUAUGACCGUCUGGCAGGAUCCCUGAUUGCGGGGCAUCUGAUUGAAUGCUCGGCCUAUGUCACCGGCGGAAACUUUGCUGGGUUCGACAGAUACGACCUUGAUAGCCUGGUGAUACCGGGUUUUCCAAUUGCCGAGAUCGCAGAUGACGGCUCUUGUGUCAUUACGAAGCACCAACACAGCCAGGGCAUGGUUAAUGUCGACACCGUUCGGUGUCAGUUUCUCUAUGAGCUACAGGGAGACAUCUAUCUCAACAGCGAUGUCAGCGCCUUUAUUGGUGAUGUCCGUGUGGAGGAAGUUGACAAGGACCGACAGCAACGAAGAAUUCUCAUGUCAAUCAUUUGCAGGGUUCGUGUUUCGGAAAUCCGAGGUUCGCCGCCUCCUCCAACCACCAAGCUGGCGGUCUUCUACGAAGCAGGGUUCGAGGCCGAGCUGCUUCUCAACGCGACGGGCUACGCCACCUCUUCAAAGUGGGAUUUGGUCGAGAAGCAAGUCCGCCACUUUGUGCCACCAGCGGUACUGGACAAGGUUGAGACACUGGAGUUUCAGCGAGUAGGGAUCCCAGCCCAUAAUCCUGCCAGUCAGCUUGAGAGCACGACAUAUAUGCGCGUCUUCAUCGCUGCCCGCUCACAAGAGACCGUGGCAGUUGUUAUAGGUGCUUUCAAGGAGAUAUCGCUCAGGCAUUUCUCGGGCUACCACUCGUCUCUUGAUACCCGCACUGCCGUCCCACGACCAUUCCUUGCGUACUACCCUGCGCUCGUGGAUCAGUCCAGCCUCAAAGAAGCAAUUAACUUCGUCGACGACGGCGCCGCCAUUAGAUCCUAUGAUACCGGCCAUCCUCGUGAGUAUCAAGCACUCAAAGUCCGUCACAGUUACGAUCCGCGUUCUCCCACCAAUAGAGAAGUUCUGGAGGAGCCCACUAGGCGCAUCCAUCUCGGGGACAUUGCGCUCGCACGGUCGGGUGACAAAGGGUCAAAUCUGAACCUCGGGAUAUUUGUACCGGAUAACAGUCAUUGGGCAUGGCUACAGUCGUAUAUGACUAUCGAGCGCCUGCGCUCACUGCUCGGAGCUGACUGGCGGGACGAUUUCUUCAUCGAACGGGUGGAGUUCCCGCGCAUCCAGGCGGUGCAUUUUGUUGUCUACGGGAUUCUGGGCCGAGGGGUGAGCAGCUCCAGUCGCCUGGAUGGCUUCGGCAAGGGGUUCGCGGACUAUAUUCGAGAUAAAGUCAUUGAGUUUCCCAUCAGAUUGUUGUGAGUCCGAAUAUUCAGGAGUCGGCUCUUACAGCCCGACGAG